AUGGACGAGCGGCAGACGCCACACCCACAGACUGAUACUAGUUCUUCAGAUAGAACUCCCACUGUUGUGUUGGAUAUUGAGAGCCUUGCACAACCCUCAGAUAGAAGCUCAGGAAGCCCCAAAAUGACUAGAGCACUCUCAAGAAAAUGGUCUUAUCGAGCAGAGAGAUUCUUUAAUACUGACGAGGAAGACACGGAUGAACCCUCAAAGAAACUUCUAGUGAAAGUGAACUCUCAGUUGGAGCCCUUGAAGCAGUCAUUGAUCACCGCAAAAGCAAUCUCGGCAGCCUCAAAUGCUUUUACAGGCUCCAAUCUUGUUGACACGGGGGAUGGACGGAGCAAGAGGUUGAAUCGCUUUAUGGCAAUCAACCCUCGGAAGAUCCUUUUCAUAUUUGCAACACUGUCCAGUAUGGGCACAUUAAUCCUCAUAUACUUCACACUGGCCAUUAAUAGAACAGUUUGA